UUCAGUUACAGAUUUGUUUAAAAAAAAUACCAGCAUCGUCUAAGUUUAUUUGCUUUACAUUAAUGGUCGCAUCCUGACAGCAAAUAUAUACACAAAGAAAUCUUCUUGUUAAAGUAGUAAAAAUCUGCAGCACCACUUUUAUUUUGACUACAGCUUGACAAGGCAACUAAACAGGAAGAUGAAGACAAUGAGACACAGAAAACAACAUUUUGCUUUCUUUGCUGUUGUAAUCUUUUCUUUCUGUUUGCAUAUAAGUGCAAAUCAUACCGAUUAUCCCAGGGUUAUAAACGACAGCUGGAAUUCUACCAGCCCAAACCCAAGUGGAAGCCUGAACACAACUGAAGCUAACACAAACUCGCCUUUAAGCACCAAUUUCAACAGUAAAACAAUGACUACUUUUGAAAUGCAGCCAGCCGCCUCUCAGUCCUCGUCUUCAACAAUGGCCCCAAAUCCUCCAACAUUUUCUCCUGCUAGAAGUGCCGUUUCUGCCAAUGGAGGACCUAGGAAUACCACCAAACUUAAGACUACUACAACAAAAGAAACCUGUGAAGACAACAAGCAUCUUAUACUAAUUUGCUUCAUUGUAAUAGCAGUACUCAUUCUUAUUUGCACCUUCUUAUUUCUGUCAACAGUCAUAAUAGCAAACAAGAUGUCCUAUCUCAAAAAAACUAAACAAGGAAAACGUAUGCCCAGGAGCAACGGUGAUUUUCUGGCUACUAACAGCUUAUGGCCGACUGCAGCAGGAACAUGGCAGAGGAUGCCCAAGGAGGCAAUUGGAACUGACUUGAUAAUGGAAGACUUGAUAUCAGAGAGAGAUGCCAUAAUGCAAAGCAGAACUGAAGAUGGAACUACUCAGAAACUCACUAAGAAAACAGCUAAUGAACAGGAAAACAAUGAACCAAAGUCACAUGAAAGCAUUUUAACCAAUUUUGUAGUUGAGAUUUAAAAUCGUAUUCAGGUAAAAACUCAGCUUUUACCUUUUUACCUCAUUUAUAUGAGGCAAAAAUUCAGCUUUCAAGUAACAAUAUGAAUUGUAACACACGAAAACUAAGUUCAGAUCUUACAUAGGGUUUUUCGUUUUAUGAUAACAGGAAUGUUGCAGCAUCUUGUAGUUCUAGAAGGGAGUAAGAUUGUUUUUGAGUAGCUUUUAGAAAUAGUGUCAAGAUUGGUCCUACUCCUUUGACCAGAAAUUAUGGUUGAAGGAGCUGAACAGGGUAAAAUAACAGGACAGAAAAUUGCCUAUUCUCAAAUAUCAUUAGGGGUAAAAAGGAAAGGACUGUUAGUCUAGUAGACAUACCACGCCACAAAGUGCUACAUAGGGGUACCCAAGGGGCUAUUUUAACAGAAGCAUAAUGCAGUCACUCUUAUUUGCUGCGGUUACUGAAUCAGGAACUAGCGUGUCUCAAAAUGCCCUUUCAGUUUUUUUCCUAUUAAAAAGGUCUAACCAGCUUAACUGCUCUCAAUCUGGUUCAAAAGCAACCAUAUAUACUGUGCUUUGAGUCCAUGCAUGGAUAUACGUUUGUUACGAUAUGUUAAAACAUAAGAAUUCUUUCAGUUUGUUAUCACCAAUAAACUAACAACAUAAGUUCACAUAAACUUACGUUAUUUAAAAACUUAUUUCUCUAAUUCAUAAUAUUCCCCCCAAAAUUAUUAUGGAAGACACACUUAAAAGAUUGUAUCUCUACAACACUUGCUGCAAGUCAAAAAAUGUUUUCUCUGUUGAUCAGAGGUGAUUUCUUACAUCAUGGGUCCAUCCAUAUGGAAACACACUCCACUUUAUCCUAAUACAAUCAAUUAGAACCUGCUGAAAAUUUCUUCAAGAACUACCACAACUUUUAGCUACUUUAUUCUGCUAGAGACUUUCCCGUAUUUCCGAGAUUUCUGUUUCAAUACAA